AUGGCCAUGAUUCCUUAUUUGCCCCUGGAAAAAGCCGCGGAAUUGAAAACCCACGUUCAAGGCUGGAAGAACGAACGACCCGGAAACCUGGAAUUUAACUGGAUAUUAUCCUGUGAAACGAUAAAGCAGGAAUUCCAGAUUUCCCUUGAGGUCACUCACGCUAUUGAAUUCGCGGAUCGUGCCAGAGACUCGGAGGAGGCCGACAUCGAGGAUCUGGCGAGCUACAUCGAGGCUCUCAAAAUAGAUGACGACAAACGGUCAGAUAAAAUAGUUAAGCGUAUUGCAAAAUACAACGAGGGCGCGAAAAGGUCACCCUACAUUGCGGCUCUUGAGAAUGAGCGGGCUCAGGAGAAGGUCGUGAUUCAGGAUUCCUUGCUAGAAAUAAUCUCACUUGACCCUAUCAAAGUAUCGACUGAAACACAACGCGCUGCCACAAUGUGUCUCUUUAAUCUUUUUGAGGAUUGCACGUUGUUGUUGGCCGCUCAUAACGGCAUCGACGGUGCAAUUACAAGGUUACAGGAAGAUUGGCGAGAGUUUCCAAGGUUGGUAAUUUUGGAAAACGCCAUUAGGGAAAACGUCGCGAUGGAUGUGCCCGGGUUUUACCGUUUCAGUGACAUCUGGGAAAAAAUGGUCAGGCAUACGAUCAAUGACGAAGAACUUUGCGGAAAGUUUGAUUCUGAAAUAAGCUGUAUUAGUCUUGAAAAUAUUUAUGCGAAUUGGGCUUCUCGUAAAGUUGCAGAGUAUGAGGUUAAUUAUUUUCAUGAAUCUAGGUUGAUUUUUAUCAACCAAGUUAUUCAUUCCUACUACGCUUUGCUUGCGGAGUCGAAAAGUGAUAUUGGAUCGGUGUUGCUUUUUUCUUCACCUCCCUUUGUUCUCACUGAAGUUAGGACCUUUCGACAUCAACACUUGGGCAAGUUAUACUUUUUCAAACAAUUUGAGGCUGUCACAAUGUGUUCUCAAUUAAGGUCCGGAAGAAUGAAAGAUCUGAUCCUUGAUGAAUCGGCCAGCGGGGUACGAGUGAGAAUUGUUAAAUUUAUUAAAAAAGAGAGUUUCGAAUGGGUCGUCCGUCUCGAAAUUUUGGAUGGUGAUAAUGAAUCGAAUUUGUCUCUGUCGAAAUCACUAAAGGAAUAUAUAUUAGUGGAUGAUAAUCGUGAGGCAAGCGGUGUCUUGGAAGCAAUCCGCUUUCCUGACAUGAAAUAUCGAAAAGAAUUUUUCAAAUACCCGCUUACAGUGCUGUGCGUGCAAGAAUUCGUUGAUGAUAAUUCUUGUCGUAGGUUCGUAGAUGUGAAAGGAAAGUUCAUGAAAAAGGUAAAUGCCGAUGGCAAGUCAACGUAUAGGUUGUACAAACGAUACGUUGAUUUCAAUCUCGAUAAGGUCUUGGAAACGUUGGUUGAAAUCGAUGAUCGGGAGGAUGGGCGAUCCGUUUUCUUGGAUGUCCUGAGAGAUCCCAAUGCAUGGGGGUCCACUUUGCCAUCAAAAAUGUUGAGCACCAAAGAGAUUAAAAAAAUGACUAUGGCUUUGCGUGAUUCCUUUGGAAUGUCAAUACCGCAACAAAAUAUAUCGACAAAUUUGUUGAAUCGAAGGCUGCAGAUCGUGUGGGGACCUCCGGGAUCCGGGAAAACUCAAUUUUUGUCGUUGUUUUUAACGUGGUAUUUGACGUCGAUGCGGCCGAAGCCGACCGGCAACAACAAAAAUUUUAUUGUCGGUAUAACAGCUUUCACGAGAGCAGCAAUUGAUAAUUUAUUGGAAAGGAUUGCCAAAGUUCAAAAGGAAAAAUACAAGACCAGUGAGUUUACGUUGGUUCGACUAGUCAAAAAUCAUAAUAAGAACAUUAUGAACAAUAUUGAUGAGUGUAGAGCCGAGAGUUUACCUAAGAAGAUGCUUGACUCCAAAAUCGGGAUUCCCGGAAAACCUAUAGUCGUGGGCGGAACCGUAUGGGAUUGGUCCAAAGUUCGAAAAGAAUGGAAAAAGAAUAGUACAUGGAGCGACAUCCUAAUCAUUGACGAAGGAUCUCAAUUGCUGGUGUCGGACGCGUGUAUUGCACUAGAAAGUUUGAACCCGAUCAGUGGAAGGUUGAUUGUCGCCGGGGAUCAUAUGCAACUUGGACCCAUCAUACAGAAUUCAUAUCCGGUGUUCCCUGAUGAUCACCCAUUAAUCUUUGGAUCCAUACAACAAUGUUUAAUGAGAAAGGAAGAUGGAAAGGUGUUUAGGGAGGAGGACUUCUUUUUGAGGAUCGGAAAAAAGCAUGAUUUCGGUCCUUCUACAAUCCAGCUUCCGGAUAAUUGGAGGAUGAACAAGGAGUUAACCGAAUUUUUUCAAAAGAUUUAUGGAGACGAUUAUAGAUCCAGGAUUCCUCAUUUAAAGCUAAAUUUUGAUGAUCCAAAAUUAAUGCAUAUCAACAACUUGCAUAUUAGACGCGCAUUAAAUCCCAAUAAUGCGAUAAGUAUGAUUAAGAUUUCCUUGGUAGGUUAUGAACUCCCGGCAGACACAUGGUUUCCUGUGUCGGGAAUGUCAUCAGAUAAAUUCCUGCAGACAGAAGCAGAUAUUGUGGCGCAGAUAGUAAUGGAAUAUUUUGACUCUCGACGCCCACCAUCCGAAGAAGAGCCAUCAUUGUUCGUUGUGACUCCGCACCACCGACAGCGUCAUGCUAUUCAGUCGAGACUCUCGGAAUACAUUUCAAAUCCAAAAUUUAAUUUACAAAUAAAUACUGUGGAAAAGAUGCAAGGACAAGAAGCAGACCUUGUUAUUGCAUGUUUUGGUUUUAUUGACCCCAAUGAAAUUGCGCGAGAAUCUGGAUUCUUAUUCGAUCGUAGUAGAUGGAAUGUCGCAGUGAGUAGAGCAAAAUGUAAAGUGAUAAUAAUCACAACUGAUGAAAUGCUGUACCCAAGGAGAAUGGAAGUAUUCACCAAUAAAAAGACAA